UGUUUACGUGUCUGAUUCAUUUCAUUACUUCCAGAAAGAAGCAGUUUCGUAAUUUCAUAUUAUAAAAUAAUUAUCUGACAUCAAAUUAAACUACUCGUUUUAAGAAAUUGAAUUCUUUAUAUAUAUGUACCUUAUCAUUGAUUGCUUCAUAAAUUCACGUUAGAUGGGAAGUCAUCAUAAAUAAUUACUGUAGUGUAAUGGAACGCUGCACUGAAAUACGUUUCGUUAUUUUAUCGAUAUUUUCUUAGCAACCAUAACAUCGAUUUAUUAAUGUAGAAAAGUGUAGUCAGUCUUGUAUCUUUUCCGAUGUUAACAUGAAAAUUAAGAUCAAAUUAUGGAGAAUAUUCUAGACAAAGAUAUAUUUAAUGAAAGUGACUUGGAUAAACUUUCACCCGACUAUAAGCCGCGAAAUUUUGUAUUGCGGAUGCAGAUGAGAAGAACUCUGGCUAAAGACAGUCACAGCCAUGGUAUUCUUAAAAACACCAAUUUUACAAGGAAAUCUAUAAGAACAAAAGAAAGCUUUGCCAUUCACAAAGAAAUUGUGAAAUUACGAAACGAAUUUAAUAAUAUUGAUUUAAAAAAUAGAGUCUCAUUAAAAGGCCUUGAACCACUGAAAUUGAAAUCAACGGUUACCAACGACGAAUCCUCAAUUUUUGAUAAAAAUCUAAAUUUGCACCAUGGCGAUGAUAAUUUUAGUAUAAAUGAACUUACUGAAGAAUUUACUGAAUUAGAAAUACGCAAUGACAAUGAAUUUAAAGUGAACCCGAAGAUAAAACCUCUUAAACACAUAAAGAUAUACCGAGAAACUCAGUGCUAUCGGAAACCGAAAAACCGCAAUAGUGGUUUAUUGGAUCUACCUAAAGAUAUAAAUGAAAACAAUGAAGACAUUUUUCGUGUAGAAUGCAAGAAUAAAUCUCGUAGCCCACAUAAUUUAGAUCACGAUACCCAUACAGAACCACCAGUAAUGAAACAAGAUUUGCAUCGAAAUAAUACAUCGAACAAUUUAGAUGUGCCAGUUAGUGAAUUGCAAAAUCUAUUAAUAAUGAUGGCUAUUUCUUCAAAACCAAAUGAAGUCGAAGAUCACCAUGAGGAAGUCGAAAUAAGUAAUGAAGUUGACACUCCAAAAAGCGAGAUACAUUCAAACGUUGAUGUUAAUGAUAAAAGAUCCGUAUGCUCUGAGGGAAUUGAUAACAUUUUAAGUAUAACUCCAAUAAGAGUACAAAUUGACAGCAAGGAAACAUACCUAAUGAAAAAAUAUAUUAAUAAGUGGAAAAGUUAUGUAAAACACAACAGGGAAAAAUAUGUCUCUGAACAAAGGCAAGAAACUUUAAACAAUUUCUUUGAGAAAAUUGCAAAGAAAAAGAUGGCAAUAAAUCAAGGUACUGAAGCUGACAACAAAUCGAAAAUUUUAUUAAGGGAUUACAACUCGUAUCAACAUCGGUACAAAUUACAAAAACAUAUUAUAGCUUUGCAAAAAGCCAAAUUAGAAGAACAGAAUCGUUUAAUUGAAGAACUGAAGUAUAAUAGGAUCGUAGAAGCUUCACGCCAGUCUGUGGAUGACAUGAAAGAAGAAGUACGUAAAACGUAUUAUGAAAUAGACAGGCAUCUUAAACCAAAGAUAAAGUGCUUGACUAACGAGUUAAAGAUUCCUGAAAUUGAAGAACCCUCGCUCAUAUUACACUGUUUGAAGGUACCACAGUUUUUACAAAGGAUGGAGAAGAGGGCUCGUGAGCGAGAAGAGAAGCAUGCAAUGAUUCGUGAGCGUAGACAACAGAUGGAAGAGGAAAGGAUCAGAAUGAAGCAGCAGGCGGAAUUAGCUAAAGCAGAAAUGGACAAAGAAGAAAAGAUGAAAAGAAUACAAGAACUGAGAGAGAAAAGGAGAAAAGAAAAAAUAGAACACAUAAGAAAGAAACAAUGGGCAUCUAGACUAAGAGCGCUUAUAGUUAUGGCAGAUUUACAUUACGAGAAAACUUUGAAAGCAAAAUAUGGAAUUAGGCCAUUCCGAAUACUCAUAGAAAUGAAGCGAGACAAUAUAGAAAAAGCAAAGGCCCAUUACAUUUUUCAACUGAAAAAUAACACUUUUUUGCAUUGGUUGUGGCAUACUGAAGAUAUGUGGAUGGAAAGAAAUUUCAAAGCAGAAAACUUUUGGCGUAAAAAACUAUUAAGAAAAGUAUUUGACGCCUUUAAAAGGAAUCACCACGGGCUCGUUUUGAAGAAACAAGUGGCUGAUGACUAUUACGAUCUGUACCUAACACAGAUGGCAUUCAGGAUGUUCCGUGAAGGAAUAAACGUAAUUAGAAAGGAAACUGAGAUUAAAUGGCAAAUAGCUGUUUCAUACCACAGCAGCAACCUCCUCUUUAGAACAUUUACGUGUUGGAGAACUCUACCAGCUUUGAAUGCACUGAAAAGGGAACAGGAAGCUCGGAAAGCAAGAUGGCGAGAGAAAGUAUUGCAAGUUGUACCUGACUACACGCCACCUGAAGAUUAAUUUAAGAUUAAAAACUAUUGUAAUUUUACAUAUUGAUUUUAAGUUUAUUUAGUUUAUUGUAAUCGUGAAUAAACGAAUCUCAUGAAUUGGACUUCUGUAGUCUGGACUAGUCAACAAUGGAAACGAUUGAACAAAUAAAAAAGCAGUCGCUAAAUCGUUUCGAGGGUAGUCUAUAGUCAUAAUCUACUUAUUAAUUUUAGUUAGACAUAUAAGUAGGUUGUAAUUUUUGUUUUAUUUUUUUUAAUAUAAUUACCUAAGUAAUAUUUAUAUUAUUAUGUAAGUUUCAGUUCAUAAUAUUCACUUUUGACGUUUAAGCACAAUAAUACAGAUUUUAUAUCUUAAA